AUGAUUAACUUCAUUCACACAGUCACAGUAAUGGCUUCUGCAAGUAACUCCAAUCCAAAUCCAAAUCCAAAUCCAAAUCCAUAUCCAUGGACCCCAAAGGAUUGUUCUGAAGGAAUCUGCAGCAUCUACUGUCCCCAGUGGUGUUACAUAGUGUACUCUCCUCCCCCUCCUUCACUCUUCCUUGGUGGUGAUGGGGAUGAUGAUCCUUCAGGCUUUGAGUUCUCUCCUCUCAUAGUUGCUGUGAUUGGAAUAUUAGCCAGCACUUUCAUCUUGGUCACUUACUACACCAUCAUCUCAAGGUUCUGCAGGCGCAGCAGUAUGCACACCAAUGAUCCAGCAGAAGAUGGGAGCAGUGAACUUGCUCAGGUUUCUUCCUCUUCCAAUUCUGGUCUGGAUGAUGCUCUAAUCAAGGCCAUCACAGUUUGCAAGUAUAACAAAGGUGGAGGGGUGGUGGAGGGUAAUGAUUGUUCAGUUUGUUUGAGUGAGUUUGAAGAGAAUGAGAGCUUGAGAUUGUUGCCAAAAUGCAACCAUGCUUUUCAUCUCCCUUGUAUUGAUACUUGGCUCAAAUCUCAUGCCACUUGCCCCUUGUGCCGUUCCACCAUCACCUUUGUUUCUCCAAAUCCAGCCAUGGAACCACCACCAAGAGUCAUUGUUAAUGCCUUGGAAUACCAGCAAAGAAUUAGCCAUGUUGUUGUUGUGGUUGUUCAGAGCUCUGAGCAACAGGAGAAGGUGGUAAGUUUUGAUUCUCACACUUUGAAUGGGAGUGAGGAUUGA